CCUGACCAAUUCUCCUUCCAGUAUGUUGGAGAUAAAUACCUGAUGAGGGAUUAGGAGGCCACCAGCCGUCUCUGGUGUAAUAUGACCCUUCAUGGGGCGCGGACGAUCUCGGAUCCGGAUGAGCUAAUCUUCAGCGAAGAGUAUAAGAAGUUUGCCCGCUCCUCCUUCGAGACCAACGCGCUGGCUAAUGACCUGCUCGCUUGGUAUGACCGGAAACAUAAGCUGAAGUACGCGGACAGGGACAAUUUUAGGCUACUGAGCUCGGUCUUUGAGCGAGAGAAGCGCGACCACGAGGAGUCUGAAACCCACUCGGCUGAAGUCGCCUCUCUUAAGGAUGAGGUCGCCAGAAUUGGUAAGCGCGAGGCUGAACUUACAGGGGAGGUUGCCAAGCUUGGAGAUCGGGAGAUUUCGCUCAUGGGAGAGGUCGCCAAAUUAGAAGCUGACGUGGCAUUCUCCAGAGACCACGAUGAGAGGGAGCUGACCCGGUUGCGAAACGACCGAUUUGCCAAGGUCAGCCGCAUCACCCAGAAGGCUCAGGCUCGCCUUGGCAAGGUCAAGAGCUAUAUAAAGGAGCAAGAGCAUAUUGUGCAGCCCAAAAUGGACGCCUUGAAUCCGUCUAAGGGCGCUCAGGAGAUUGUAGCAGUCCUCGUCAGCCGAGGUGCCGUUGUUUCGGAAUCUGAGCUAGAGAAUCUGGCCAAAGAAGCCAGGAUUACCGAAGAGGAGGUUGAUGCGCUGAAUGCUAUUGAGCUCUCAACAUGUCUCCUGAUCAGCUCGGUUUCGGGCUUACUCGGCUAUCUUCUCAGCCAGGUCUCGUUGCAGACGGAGAUUUUAUUCCGAGUUCGCCCGAUGUUUUACCUUGGUCCAUCUGCUUCUAAGGCUGAAUCAACCAAGUCGCAGAAUUAUGUCAACCUGAUCGGACUCAAGCAUCAAGAUCAAUGCCGCGAACUUCAAUAUUUUCGUAUCAAGAAGCGUAAGGUGGACGAUCGCCUGGAAGAACUUGAGGCCGAAGUUGCCAGGUUGAGAGCCAAGCGAAGGAGGGUCAUCGUUCGUCUGGAUGAGAUCGAGCAAACAACGAGGGCUUUGGAGAUUGGCUCAGAGGAUUGGGAGAAGGUCGGUCUUCAGCUGAUAUGGCCUAUGCCAGAUCGUCUUCUGAGAGAUAACCGACCUGUCAGGAAUCGGGCGAUCUGAGUUUAGAUUUCUUUUGAGCGUUUAGACUAGCUGUUUGAUUUUAUUGUUUUUGAUUUUUGGAUAAGACACCAUUGUACUGAUGACUUUAAUUAUCAAUUUUAUGAAUAAAAUGCCUUGAGAUGG